UAACGCUGUGUUGAUAUCUUGUCAACAAAAGAUUUGCAAAUAUUUCUCCUUGCCGAGUCUCCGCUGUAUUGACAACAUUCUAAAGCUGAAACCAGCUGAUCGUAUCUCUUCGAUCAGCUCACAACUCAAUCAAUGACUGCCUGUAACACUCACUGGGAAAAGGGAUUGUGUUUCCUCCUGUGUGGCGUGGUUUUACAAGGGGUUUGUUCGUGACCUGGUGUUUCAUGUUUCUGUUCGCGACCUGGUGUUUCGUGUUUCAUGCUGACUAACACCUACUGAGGCGCGAUACUGCUGUCGUGAGUCUACACAACCUGGAUGAAUAUAAAACCUGGAGACGAAACCAUUAUGUCAGGCUGUGAGCAUUUUAGCGAGACGCCAAUAAAGGUGUUGGUGAAGUCUUGAAACGAGAAUCUACAGUAAAUCCAACAUGGCUGACCGGAGGGAGGAGGCAGCUCCACCUGAAAGCGCAGCCUCCAAGAUGGUUGACCAAAGGGAGAGUGGAACUCCUGAUGAUCGCGCACCCUCCAAGAUUGCUGACCAGAGGGAUGAGGGAGCACCGCCUGAGCGCGCCGCCUCCAUGAUGGUUGACCCGAGGGAGAGUGGACCUCCCGAUGACCGCGCACCCUCCAAUAUGUCCAGCUACUCCAGACAGUCCCGAGACACAGAGGACGAGAGAGACACAAGUUCAGAACUGCCGUCACCCUCCUCCUCCCGUCUCUCCAACUACAGUGAAAUAUCUACUGUGUCUUCCAGAACAUUCUACCCUCCACCCGGCUACCCCAAUCCAGCUAUCCACAUGUCACCGGGAUACCCACCAAACGGUUACCCUGAUACCGGUUACCCCAUUCGUCACCUGUACCCGUCUCCAUCCUUCCCCGCGACUGGAAGAUACCCACCCGGCGACUUCCCCAGAAGUCCCUACCCCAACAACCCUCCCCCAUCCAGUCCCUACCCCAAGCAGGAUUACCCAGAGACCCACUUAAAGCCCCUGAGCGACUAUUCGGGGUCGGAGGCCACGUCUUUAGUGUUUACUGAAGACUUAGAUGUCUCCCGCGCUUCCACGGAGAUGUUGUAUCCCAUGUCGGCCUUCCCACCCAGCGGAUCCUAUCCUAACUUGCGAGAUACCAAUUCUCACGGCGAGUACCCUAGUAGUGCGGACACUUAACAGACAAUACCCUCAGUAUCGAGAUUUAGACCUUCGCAAUGUGGUCACGUAGAAGAGAUUACCCGCCUCUAUGUGGACACAAAGUAUCGGAAUAAAGACCUUCGUAAUACGGACACUUAGAAGUCAAAACCCCCAUUAAUGGGUACUUAGUACCAGGGAUAAGACCUCCGCAAUGUGGUCCAUAGAAGAGAUUACCCUCAGCUAUGUGGACACAAAGUAUCGGAAAAAAGACCUUCGUAAUACGGACACUUAGAAGUCAAUACCCUCAGUAAUGGACACUUAGUAACAGGGUUAAGACCUCCGCAAUGUGACCACGUAGAAGAGAUUACCCUCAUCUAUGCGGACACUAAGUACAGAGCGAAUACAUUAUGCAAUGUGAACACUUAGAA